GUAUUAGUAUAAGCUACCACCAUUUUCUCUCCUUUUUCAUUUCUCACAGCCAAGGUUGUUGUACUAGUUGUAUUGUUGUAUCUGAAACACUCUCAAUGUGUUCCUGAAGGGAGCCAUGAGAUCAUUAGCAUUUCUUCUGAUUUUCCAUCUCCUUGUAUCUCCCACCAUUGUCAAAUCUCUCUCUCUCCCCCACCCUCCAUCCAAUGGUACUUUGGACCCAAAACAAGCAAUGGCCCUAGAAUCCCUCAACAUCCCCACCUCAAAGGACCCCUGCGCCCAACCCUCCUUCCACAAUGCCACCCUCUGCGACGCCGCCAAGCCCUUCCGCCACCUCAUCUCCCUCCGCCUGGCCAACUGCUCCUCCUACCUCUCCCUCUCCUUCACCGCCCUCAAGUCCCUCUCCACCCUCCAAUCCCUCUCCCUCCUCAACUGCCCCGUCGCCCCCAUCCGCCUCCCCGCCGACCUCGCCCUCUCCCUCACCUCCUUCACCUGCGUCAACAGCCUCCGCAAACUCUCCGGCGUCUGGCUCUCCAACCUCCAGAACCUCACCGACCUCGCCGUCUCCGACGUCAACGUCAAGGCCUCCGGCCCCUUCGUCAUCCUCGCCCGCAUGACCAAGCUCAAAACCCUCACCAUCUCCAACGCCAACCUCACCGGAUCCCUCCCCGGCCACCUCCACUCCAACCUCACUCACAUCGAUUUCUCCAACAACCGCCUCAAAGGCAGCAUUCCCCCUUCCAUAACAAUGCUCGACAGCCUCCAGGUCCUCAAUCUCUCCUCUAACUCCCUCGCCGGAGAAAUGCCUCCUUCCAUCGGUGACCUAAUUUCACUCAAAAACCUUUCCUUAGCCUCCAACUCAUUCUCCGGUUCCAUUCCUGAUUCUAUAUCUGCUUUACCAAGUUUGAUUCACUUGGAUCUGAGCUCGAACCAGCUCAAUGGAACCAUUCCCAAAUUCAUUUCACACAUGAAGUCUCUUAAGCACUUGAAUCUCGCCAACAACAACCUCCACGGGGUUGUUCCUUUUAACCUAAGUUUUAUUAAGCGUUUGGAGGUAUUCAAGGUUGGUGGAAAUAGUAACCUUUGCUAUAACCACUCCGUGGUGUCUUCGAAGUUGAAGCUUGGGAUCUCUCCUUGUGAUAAGUUCGGAAUGCCGGUGACUCCGCCUUCAAAGGAUUCUUCUGCCGAUGAUAGCAGCGACGAUGAUUACGACGAGGGUGAUGGGGAGGGGAGUAGGCACAAGAAGGAGCAUCAUCAUGGGCCUAACAAGUUUGUUCUCGGCGUCGCCAUUGCGCUGUCUUCCAUUGUCUUUCUCAUUGUUUUCUUGAUCCUCUGCUCCAAAUGUUGUCGUUAAUUAGAUUUAGAGGAAAUUUUUGGUUUCGGGGAUUUACAGAUUUUUAGAUUAGGAAUAUUCAUAAAUUCAGUUGAGUGCAGCUUGUUUGAUAUAUUUAUUUAUCAUUAUUAAUUAAUUAUACUACACUAGUGAUUACAUUACAGAGUAGGUUCAAGGAAAGGAAACGUAAUGAAAAUGUAACUGCCGAAAAAAAAGGAAAUUGUUAUUUAUAUUUUGGUGGGGAUGUGUGGAAAAAAUGAGGACGGAGAGACAUUAAAUCAACAGCACGUGCAGUGCAAUGAGUUUAUCAUGGGAUGAUAGAUGAUAAAUGCUAGGUUUUAAUUUUGACACCGUUUUAUUCGUUGUUUGGAGUAAAAAGGUGGAGGUGGUGCAUGUGAAUGUGGUAUCUUUGAAGUUUUAUGUUGCUUGUGCUAUAAGCUUUUGUUAUUCAUAACGUGCUCUCUGCUGACUUUCAUAAUUGCCCUUUUCAUUUUAUUUGUGGCACUGUUGCAUUAAUGUCUGCCUUUUUACUUAGUUAGUUGGGAAAAUUUUGUGUUUAUAUGCUUUCUAGCUAGAUUCUUGGUUCAUACAUAGGAUUCACCGUUGGGGUUGGGGGUCAAAAUUUGGUGAACACUUAGCUGAAUAGCUGGAUGGUAUGACACUUAUUUCAGGUUAUUGCGCAUGAGGCUAAAAUAGUGAUGCUCUAUUAUUAAUUUGUGGAGGAGAAAAUUUUGUUUAGCUUGACUAGGACUCUCUAGGAGAAAGGGACAGGAGCUCAAAUAUUUAACGGUUGGUGAUAUGAUUUGCAAACUGGAAAAUAAUAUUGUAUGAUUGUGGAUA